UGUGGUUGGGGGGGAAUCAGUUCAGAGUUGUGUGCUCAGCCCACAACACCAAAAUUUUCAGAGAAAGUGUAACUUUUUUUGGUUCUUAUGUUCCCGUGUAUAAAACGAUAUAAAAAGUAGUUUGUUUAUUUUGGACCCGAAUCGGCUCUAAGCAGGAUACAUUCCACACAUUCCACUCGGGCAGAUAAAAUGGCAAAGGAUAGGAGCGGGGCCCAAAAGGUGGAGGGGCCGCCGCCGAUAUAUGCCGGCUGCAUGCCCCUGGAGGAGGUCACCAUAUACGACUGGAUGCGACAGCAGAACUGCAAGACGACGAGAUACCAGCACGCGGAGGUGUAUCCCAAUAUCCGGCCGCCCAUUUCGCGGUGCGACAAGCAGAAGACGGUGCAAUGGAUGUCGGAGUCGCUGGAGGCCACCGGCUGUGCGCGCAUCGUCGACACGCAGACGGACAAUGUGCUGGACGCGUGGACGAACAGCCCCAACAAGGAGACGCUCGGCUGGUACGGCCUCGGCGGCGGCAUUCUGCAUCCCGAGGCGGUGCUCUUCAAUCAGGCCUUGGAAAAGAGCCUGCAGGCGGCCAGCGGCGUGAAGCCCAAGCCGCCGAAGCAGCCAAAGCAGCAGAGGGACACCAAGCAGCCGAGCGGCGCCUAUGUGCUGAACCGUCAGUGCCUCCGGUCGCAGCUGGACAGGAUGCCCACCGUCAAGCGGAAGCUGGCGCCCAGCUAUGCGUUCACGUGGCUGCACUGCCCGCCGCCGGAUCCCCGGCGCCCGCCAUUCGAGGACACGCGCGGCCCUCCGAUUCCGCUGACCAGCGCCCUGGGCAUGGAGCGGACGCCCACGAAGCACAAGCAGAAGCUGCGGCAUCCCAUGUGCAACAUGGACUGCGAUCAGCCGAAGAACCUGUGCACGGACUACGAGUGGAAGAAGUACAAGGAGGAUCCGCGGCCGUACGACGAGGCCUUCAGGCGCGAGCAGGAGGCGGCACAGCCAUCGACGGAGGAGGAGCCCAAGGACUAUGACGAGCUGUACGCGCGGAUGUUGCGCUGCUUCGAGCAGAGUCCCGAGCAGAACCAGAUCUGCCAGGAGUUCGAGAAGUGCUGCAAGGCGCCGGGCGAUCCACCCACCCAGGGAUGCGGCGAAAUGGUGCCCGAAGGAGCAGACGGCGGUGCCGGGGGUAAGUCUGACGGAGAUGGCGGCGCCGGCGGCGGCGGUAAAGAUGGCAAGGAUGGUGAUGGCAAGGAUGGAGAUGGAGAGGGUGGCGAUAGGGGGAGCAGAAGGGAGCAGGUCAAGAGGAGAACCCGUGGCGAUGGGAAGUACGGCGACGGGAAGGAUGGAGACGGAAAGGGUGACGGAGAUGGCGAUGGAAAAGGUGGCGAUGGCAGGGGCGGAAAGGGGGGCAGAAAGGAUGGCAAAGACGGCCAGGGAGGAGAUGGCAAGGGAGGGGAUGGAAAAGAUGGCGAUGGCAAGGGCGGCAAGGGAGGGGAUGGAAAAGAUGGCGAUGGCAAGGGCGGCAAGGGAGGGGACGGCAAGGACGGCAAGGACGGCAGGGACGGCAAGGACGGCAAGGAUGGGAAGGGUGGCAAGGGCGGCAAGGGCGGCAAGGGCGGCAAGGGCGACGGCGACGACGGAUUGGACAAGCACAAGGGCAAGGGCGGCAGGGGUGGCGACGGCAAGCAUCUGGAUGACGAUGGCACUGGCGGCCAUGACUACAGACGCAACUUUGGGGACGAUGACAGCGACGGCGAAGGCGGCAGAGGGAGGAAGGAUGGGCGCCGUUCCACCAGGGAAAGAUCGACGCUCGAUAGCCACGGAUCUCGUCACGGGCACAGGGGGACCGGGGAUGGACACGAAGGCCGUGGAACGAUCGGCCAAGAUGGUCAUGGGGAUGGCGAUGGAGCGGACGGCAAGGAUAAGGGCGAUGGCAAGGACAAGGACAAGGACAAGAAGGGCGGCAAAAAGGGCAAGAAGAAGCGCGGUGGCGAUGGCGACGGCGGCAACAAGGGCGACGGCCGGGACGUCGUCAAGGACUGCCCCUGCGAGCUGUGCAACUACUGUGACAAGGAGCCGGACACGCCGCUCAUCCGCGAGAUGCGGCGUCGCGAUGUGCAGCGCCAGCAGCGGGAAUACCUGCAGCUGAUGCGCCACCGCCAGUAUGUCAACUGCCGCGUCGCCGAGUACCUUGCCCCACAGCGCAAAUGCGAUCCGAUUGUCUGCUGCGAUCGCUUCUGCCACAAUCCCCGGCUGCAGGAGCACCUGGCCAAGGUCGAUGCGGUGCAGCAGCUGCAGCAGCAGCUGAGGCGCUGCAAGUACAAGAAUCGCGCUUCCUACACGUCCAUCCACAGGCGUCUGGAGAAGCUGAAGCAGCGUCUAUGCCAAGCCUUCGAAAUGCCAGAGAAAUGUUAAGCAAAAGGCGUUGGCGUUCCCUUCACUCUCGCGAUUCACGCUGGCUAUGCCUGUCCUUUCAUGGCUCCAGUUCUCGGGGCAGGAGAGUUUGCCAGGCAGCGGACCAGGCAGCUAUCAAUGGAUUGUAUCUCUUUACCCUUAUCUUCCUGGCGUUGCUUUCAAUCAGCCUGUGAUCUGAUCUGUAUUGUGAUCUUUGUAAUGAUCUGAUUAACUUUAAAGUGCCUUGGAAUAAUUUUAACGACAAGAUA